AAGCAGAGCACAGAGCUCUUACUGGGAUAGUGUGGAAUCUCUGGACAUAGGGAGGAACUCUCUAACUGAUCUCAUGAACUCCCUUCCAUCUGCCUGGAGACAGACUUCCAUCUGAACUUCACAAGCCAUCUCCACUGACACCUCACAUUCCUUGAACACCCAGCCUGAGCUGUACCACUCUGCAACUGCCAGUAUUUAUUCUCUAACCACUGAAUGGUUCCUCAUCCUUGGACUCUUUUUGGGGUUUUUUUAUAGAGGAACUUUGUGUUCCUGUUCUUCUGUUGGGUCCUGAGAGAGUUACGUGCAACAUUGAGAGAUGAUCCCGUUCCCUGCUCCUCGCUCCUGGGCUCCUCUCGUGGCGCUGCUGUGUGCAUGUCUCGUGCUGAGCGGGGCCACACCGCAUCUCACCUACCAGCGUCCCGGCCAGAAGGGCAAGAACUGGUGCGCCUACAUUGUGAAUAAGAAUGUCAGCUGCACGGUCAUAGAUGGGACGGAGAGCUUUAUGCAGCCUCAGUACAGAUGUGCCUGGAAUCAGAUCCACUGUCAGCCAACAAUGGUCUAUAAAGUGAGCUUCCGACCAAGAUAUACUACGUCGUACAAAGUUGUCACAGAGUUAGAGUGGAGGUGCUGCCCUGGCUAUAAGGGGGUGGACUGCAAACAGGGUCCUUCAGAAGAGCCCAAGUAUAUUCCUCUGCAGACCUCAAGGCCUGCCCUUGGGAACACAGAUAUUGGAACUGGGGUAAUACCAGAGAGGCCAAAACCACAAGAGGCCAAAAGGGAAUUGCAGGAACUGCAGAAUUUAAAUGAAGCACAAGAGAAAAAAAUUCAGUUCCUUGAAGAUGAAAUGCUUCGUCUAACCCAGACAGUGAUUGACAUGCAAACAUCUCUGGCAGGUGUAAAUGAGAACCUAAAGAUUACUAUUCAAGAGGAUGUGAGUAAGAAUCUAGUUUCAUUGCUCAACAACUUGCCACGACCAGAAAGUUUCUCCGGUGGUAAAACCGAGACUAUUACUUUCCCAGGAUUUUCUGGAAGUACAGAAAGAGAAGAUGGUGUAAGGGACAUUAUUUCUGAAUUAAAUGGGGUGAAGGAAGCCUUGCAGAGCAAAAGUCUUUUGAUUGACCAACUCAAUGAAAAAUUAAAUAUAUAUGAAGAACGUUUAGGGCAGUUUCAGGAGGCAUCACAUGGACCUGCCCCUACAAUGCACAUUAUCAAUGCACCAGAGAAAUCUAUAGAUGAAAAAUUAGAAGCACUUAGAAAUGAAAUGUUCGAUGGACUGGACAUAAAAAUGGCAGAUAUGAAAAAUUCUUGUGAUUAUAAAUUAACAAGUGUUCAGCAACAAUGUGAGGACCAUGAGACCAGCUGUUUGGGUGUGAUAGAGCUUCUUAGGGAGAAAGAGACAGAACUCAGAAAGGAAAUAAAUGCAGUAAAGUCCCAGGGAGGCGUACAAGGAGACAGUCAGAGCUGUUGCACAAAUAAUGGCGAUCUUGACAAUAAAAUAAAACACUUGGAUCAAAAGGUUGAGAGAAUUUCUGAAGCACACAAAGUUCUCAAUAGCAGGAUAGACAAUGAGAUACAGCGUAUAAACAAUCUAUCACCAGACAGCAUUUAUGAGGAAAGAUUGACUGAAUUGGAUUUUAAAAUUAACGUUACAGAAAAGAAUGCUGAGGAGCAUUGCUUUUAUAUUGAGGAGACUCUGAGGGCGCUAAUUACUGCAAAUUCCAAUGAAAUGAAGGAUCUACUUGAUACAAGGCUGCAGAAAAUGGAAGACAUUGUAUGGGAAAUCACAAAUGCAUCUUCUCCUGAUGUUGUGCAUUCUAGUAUUGGGUCAACGACUCACCGUGAGUCAGGAUCUGUCAGUGGACAUCUUGUAACUGAAAUAAAGGGCCUGAAGGAUGCAGUACAACAACUUGAAGGCCAAAUGUACUCCAUUUUGCACUCUAGUGAAGACUAUUCCAACCACAAUGAUGGACAUAAAGAAAAUGAUAAUGUUAUUCUUUUAAAAUCCUUGAAUGACACAAUAAAUGAGAAGUUUGACCUAAUCCAGCUGAACAAAGUAGGUCUAGAAACAGUGAGAGGUGACCUGCGUAAACUACAGCAUAAACUAAACAGCAAUGAAGAGGAUUUGAAUCUGUUAAAAGAUGGGGUGAGUGUGUUUAACAAUCAGCUACUGGAUAUAAAGUCCACUGUUAAAUAUACUGAAACAGGACUUCAUAAAAAAGUAGAAGAAGUUGAAAGACUUUGCAAAGAUACCUCAUACUCAGCAACAAACAAUGAAUGCUGUAAUGACCUUCAGAGCAAAUUUGAACUACUGAGCAGUGAAAUAACUGUUGACAAAGGAAAAUGUACUGAACAUACUCAGGGAAUUCAAAAGGAGAUGUCUAAUGUGGAUGAUAGACUCUCAAAGUUGGAGAAUGUUUGUGGGAAGCUUGACACCAUCUCCGGCAGUAUGCAGAGGAUAAAAGAUGGCCUUAAUAAGCAUGUUACCAGUUUGUGGAACUGUAUACAUACUAUAAAUGGAACAGUAAAGUCACAUUCCAAUGACAUUUAUGGCCUAAAGAAUUCAGUCCAGGUGUUUCACAGCCAGGUCUCCAAAAUUACUUCUGAUCUCGACAAUCUUAUAAAGAGCCAACCUGCAUUAGGAAAAGAACCAGAGCAGACAUUGCAAACAAGAAUUAUACCUCUGCUCCCACCAAGAGAACCUCAGAAGCCAUCAUAUCCCCAAGAUCCACAACAACCGAAUAUCCCACAACAACCUGUGAUACCACAAAUACCUCAGUACCCAACACAGCCUAAAGUAACAGAACAUGCAGCACAACCAAAGCUACCUCAGGAACCAAGUGUCUCAAAACCACACCAGCAACCAUCACAACCAAGGCAACCUUUCUUGCCAGAUUCUGUUUUCACCAUCCCUGUGCAUCCCGGAAGGGAUGGCAUCAUUGUUGAGACUGGUGAGGCUGGACCCCCAGGAAGAAUGAUCAAGACUGAGUCAAGACAGUCUCAAGGUUCAAAUGGACUGGAAAAAAUCUUAAAGUCAACAGGCUCAGCAACAAAAAUACUUAAGUCUGGAUCUGAACGUCCUCAUGGUGCAGAUGGGCAACAGGAUAUACCAGUUUCCAAAGGAUUUGCAGGAGCACCAGGAUAUCCACAAAAAAAUGUAAAUGCAAGAGAUCAAGCUAAAAGACCCGGUGUUUCAGCAUCACAAGAUCUUUUUAACAUACCAGCAUUUUCAGAAGCACAAGAGAAUCUCAAAGUAUCCUUUUCGGAAUCACAAGGAGCCACUACAACAACAGCUUUGAUUUCCUUCUCUGCUGGGCUGAAUGGAAAGAGGGAGCCUUAUGAGGUUGGAGUCAUCCAUUUUAACAACAUUUUGGUCAACGAUGGUGAACACUAUAAUCCAUUAACAGGUAUCUUCACUGCUCCUAUUGAGGGCCGUUACAUGAUUACAGCAGUCCUCACUCCUGAACAAGACCAUCACGUUGAGGCCAUCUUGUCAGUGUCCAACAUCAGCGUGGCACAGAUGGACACGUCUGGCUACCGAAGAGAAAUUCUGGAAUAUCACAAACCCGGGAGACCCAUAUGUGGGGGAGUGGGCACUUUCCAUCUCAUCCUGCAUCUGAAAUCUGGAGAUGAAGUCAGUAUUGUACAGACCGGAGGCAAGCUCGCCAGCUCCAGCUCAGACGAAAUGUAUUCCACAUUCAGUGGAGUCUUUUUAUAUCCUUAUUCAUCUUCAUACAGAUAAUUUUAUUCCACAUGAAACAGAAGAGACAUUUAGGAAAGAUCUUCACUGCCGUUCAGUUGGGGGUGUUAAUAUAUAAUAUUUACAAAUUACUUAAUUUGUGAACCGUUGCUUUUUUUCUUCAUUCUGUACCCUGAUACAUUUACAUCACCAUGGCUAUAAAUGUCUGCUUUGUGCUCAGUAUUAGCAACAGUUUCCUGAACACUUUGUUAUAAACACAGCAUAGUGCACUGUUAAGGAAUGUAAGAGGUUUUUUAUUCAAUUGAAGAUGUUUUUAUAUAUAUAUUUCUUUUUUUUGUAAAUUAUCCUGAACUUGUUUAAGCAAGUGCCAACAAUAUAGUAAUUUAAUAUUUAGUGUCUGAUAUUUCGUCUAUUUCUUCUCACUCUCUAACUGAUCUACCCUUGUAGCCAAAGUAUAAAGGGUGCGCUUUUACAAAUUCUUAUAUACUGCUGUGACAGAUAUCUCUAGCAGCCAAUCAGCAGUUAUGUUUUACUCAUCCAGCACAGACAAAAUUAUAAAGUGAAACAUCUGAUUGGUCCCUGAGGAGCUCUCGUUGAACUGGGCUCGUGAAUCUGUGUUUGGCUGGGUGAAAUGAAGUGGGCCAAACAUGAUGGAGCCAGAAGUUCAGGCAAAGGUCUUUAUGAAUGGAACAAAUAUAUCAGACACUGUGACCACUGGAAGCACUUACAGGUAGAUGUGGCCACAGGUAGACUGGGCUUUCUAACUUGCUCUGGAUUCAAUUUAUCGUAGGCAAUGGCGGCAAUAAUGCAAUGGCCACCCUAAAGCUUUAUGUAUGGAAUCAACAUUGAUGAGGCCCCUGGUGUAGCAUCUUCAGCCUAAGGGAGUUGUAUAGAAACAGCAAGGGGAAUGCAUAUUUUUGCCAUGCCUGCCCUAACCUUAUCUGGAGACAUAACAGAAGCUUUCAUGUGUCUUAUUCUAUAUUUUGUAUUUACUGUAUUGAAGCAUCAGGCAUCUACUGUAAAUGGGAGAAGUGAUUGUACUAUACUCGUGCUGUUUACUUAUUCUUUCCUUCUAGAGCUUUUGUGGUAGAAAUCAGGGAUCACGAUGGUUUAUUUAAAUGUUCCCUUUCCUUCUUGCAUCACAGAGGAAACAAUUGGAAACUGUACUGCCCUCUGUAACCACAGUCUGCAACAAAUAAUUCAAAGCAUAUUAAGUAUAAAACUGUGGAAUCAUUCACCACAAUAGAAACGUGGCCCAGGUGCUCCUGCCCCAGGCCCUCAGCUCAAGGGAGCGGACAAUCCGUAUAUGAAGCACACAUAAGUUGGUGCAAGGCACAGUGGUAGACUCACGUAUCGAUCAGACCAGGAAAACCACAGACCCACAUUUCAAAAAGAAUUGAAAAAUAAUAAUGCUGUUACCCUUCACGUAUUUGACACUCACCAUUUACAGUAUAUUAGUAUCUUCUUCUUGCCAACACUGGGUGUAAUACAACCAUUCAAUAAAUUAAAGGCUACCCCCUCACUGAACUUUAUUAAAAAGAAUAUGUAUAUGUGGAAAGCAAGAGAGCAUUAUUAUUCCUUGAGAUAAUGGCAAGAAAGCUUCACGAUUGCACCAACUUGGGUAAAUCACCAUAUAGUAUGUAUACCUGCAGAUAAACUAUGUAUAUGUAUUAAGGCUACUUCAAUUCUUUAUAUUGUGCUAUAGAAAUUCUGUCUGUGCACCGUAACAUGUUCUUCAUUAUGGAGUGCUGGAGCAUUCAGCCAAGAUCUGCUGGCAAGCUCUUCAACAUGAGUAGAAACCAAUGCAAGCUUCCUGGUGGGUGUAAAAUCCAGCCCUUAGUGUACAAUCACAUUGUGGCUUUCCUGAAACAUUCUUGCUUGUCUGUGAUUAUUAAAAACCAAAAUGCACUCAAGCCCUUUCUUAGUGACUCAAUGUAUGUUUUCAGGUUGUCUUUAGUUAAUAUAUGUGUUUGUGGUAAGAUACACACCACUGUGAUUUAACUGCCUGCUUGCCUCAUUGUGCCAACCACUUUGUAUAGUUCUGCCAUAGGGAAACCCCUUUUCCUGACCUCUACCAAAGCAGUUACACUUUUACUCGUCUAUGCAUUCCCCCAGGUUUUUUUUACUUUGAUGUCAAAUUGGAAUAACUAUUUUAAAUAUUAAAGAUUGAACUAUUUUA